AAAGUAGGGAAACAGCUGCGUCACCCAACACGAUCAGCCGUGGGCUGGCUGGUCAGUAAGUUUUUCAAAGUGGGCAACCGUUUCCUUGAGGACAACGCUGUGCAGCUGUGUGGGAUCCGACCUGCGGACACAGUGCUGGAUGGGUCAUGGCCCAGGUCUGGGUUUGCAGUCAGCAGCCAAAUUGCUAACGGAGCCCACAGGCCACCUUAUAGGGGUGGAUUAUUCAGAGUACAUGCAUAAGAAUGCAGCGGACAUCCCGUUUGAAGCGUGAGCUUCAGAUGCUGAGCACCGAGCCUCCUCCCGGGAUAACGUGCUGGCAGACGGAGGAGCGGAUGGACGAGCUCCGGGCACAGAUAGUGGGUGGAACAGGAACUCCGUACGAAGGUGGACUCUUCUCCUUGGAGAUCAAGGUCCCAGAGAGAUACCCAUUUGAGCCUCCCAAAAUGCGAUUCUUGACCCCCAUCUACCAUCCAAAUAUUGACAAUUCGGGUCGCAUCUGCCACGAUGCUCUCAAACUCCCGCCAAAGGGUGCCUGGAAGCCAUCCCUAAACAUCUCCACAGUCCUCUCCUCCAUUCAGCUGCUCAUGGCUGAGCCCAACCCAGAUGACCCGCUCAUGGCUGAUAUAUCAUCAGAGUUCAAAUACAACAAACAGCUGUUCAUGGAGAAGGCCAGGAAGUGGACGCGGGAACAUGCUGUUCAGAAAAACAUGGAUGCCGUUGAAGGCAGCAAAGAAAAUAAUCCAGAUCAGAAAGCUUCAUCCCACAAAAGACAUUCUCUCAGUGCACAACAGGAGGGAGAGGAGCCAGCCAAGAAAACCUGUAUGUAGUUUCCACCUCACUUGUUAGAGACACAGGUCCCUCAUCUUCAGAGCCACCGUGCCUUAUAUCCCAUCUGCUACUAAAGAGUGAAUUACAUUGUUUAAUUCAAUUUUUAUUUAAUGCCAAUACCUACUUCCACUUUCUGUGUAUGCAUUCCUUUUCUUUAUUAAGAAAUAUCUUUAUGUUUGUGUUGUGAUAUUAAAGUUUAUUUUGAACACU